AUGCGUAAUAUAAAAAAUACAAUAGUUGAUUAUUCAAAUUCAUCUCAACAACCAAUAGGUUUUAAAGUAACAAAAACAUUUGUACAAAUAUUUCAAGCAUUAUGGAAUAAUUCAUCAAAUACAACAUCAAAAUUAUUAUAUGAUUUUAAAUCAAUUAUUUCAAAUUUAAAUAAACAAUAUUCAGGCAAUGAACAAAAUGAUGCACAAGAAUUUUUAUUAUUUCUUAUAAAUACAAUUCAUGAUGAAUUAAAUUUAGCUACUGCUCAACGAUAUCGACAAAAACCAAAGAAUUCAUUAUCUUCUACAACUAUAUCAUCUCAAUCAUCAUCAUCAAUAGCUUCAUCGGAAUUAGCUCAUCGAGCUUGGUCAGAAUAUAUUGAUGCUAAUCAAAGUAUUAUAACAUCAACAUUUAGUGCUCAACUUCAUUCAACUUUACGUUGUAAUCAAUGUAAACAAGAAAGUAAAACAUUUGAACCAUAUUUAUUAUUAUCAUUACCAAUACCACAAAAAAUUAUUAAACCUGUUUUUAUAACUGUUGUUUUUCUUAAUCAAUCACCUAAACAAUUACAAAUUGGUUUAUGUUUACCUGUAACAAAUACUGUUAAAGAUGUUCGAGAAGCUAUAGCUCAACAAUCAAAUCUUGAUCCCAAUGAUGUAAGACUUCAUUUGUUUAGAAAGAUGAUGACUUUUUGUGUACUCAAAAAGUGAGUACACUCUCGAAUCGGUC